AUAUUCUGUCUAAACCCUAGGGAGGUUUAGGGCGUAUCAAAAUGGCGAAGACGAAGAAGGAGGCUGCGCGGACGCCGUCGCGCGGUGGGAAGCCCAAACAUUCGCUCGAUGCAAAUAGGCGCGAUGGCGGAUCCGGCGCCGCGGGAAUGCGCAGCUCCGCGACCGUCCGGCGGCUCAAUAUGUAUCAGUCUCGUCCCAGGCGCGACAGCAAGGGGAAGGUUUUGCAUCACGAGCUCCAGUCCAAGGAUCUGCCGUCGACGAGGAUUCAGCCCGAUAGGCGAUGGUUUGGGAAUACGAGGGUCGUCGGGCAGAAGGAGCUGGAAACGUUCCGGGAAGAAAUGCGUACCAGAGUGUCGAACGCCUACACUGUUAUUUUAAAGCAGAAGAAAUUGCCGAUGGCACUCUUGACUGAUCGACCAAAGCAAGCGAGGGUUCAUCUUUUAGAUACCGAAAAGUUUGAAGACACAUUCGGUCCCAAGAAGAAAAGGAAGCGUCCCAAACUCGGUGUUGAUGAUUAUACUAGCCUGGUGCAAAAAUGUGCCAACACACAAGAGGAGCACGAAAAGAGUCUUGAGGAUGUUACCAAAAAGAAGAGUACAGCGAUGACCGAAACGGAUGGCUUGCGUGACCAAGUGAGGCAUACAAUGUUUGAGAAAGGCCAGAGCAAGCGUAUCUGGGGGGAACUAUACAAAGUUAUUGACUCUUCUGACGUGGUUGUCCAGGUGCUGGAUGCCAGGGAUCCCGCUGGCACUCGGUGCUAUCAUCUCGAGAAACACCUCCGAGAAAACUGCAAGCACAAGCAUCUGAUUUUUCUUCUCAACAAGUGCGAUUUGGUGCCAGCAUGGGCUACAAGAGGAUGGCUUCACGUGCUCUCUCGUGAAUAUCCGACGCUCGCAUUCCACGCGAGCGUAACCAAUCCGUUUGGCAAGGGAUCUCUUCUCUCUUUGCUGAGACAACUUGCUCGGUUGAAAAGUGACAAACAGGCGAUAUCAGUUGGUUUUAUUGGGUAUCCAAACGUUGGAAAGUCUUCCGUCAUAAACACUUUGCGGACGAAGAAUGUCUGCAAAGUUGCGCCACUGCCUGGGGAAACAAAAGUCUGGCAGUAUAUAACACUGACGAAACGAAUUUUCCUUAUAGAUUGCCCCGGUGUUGUGUAUCAAAAUCAUGACAGCGAAACUGACAUUGUCUUAAAAGGGGUGGUCCGCGUGGGAAAUCUGGAUGACGCUACUGAGCACAUAGGAGAGGUGUUACAGCGAGUGAAGAAGGAUUAUCUAAAGAGAGCUUACAAGAUACAAGACUGGAAUGACGAUGAGGACUUCCUCACUCAGCUGUGCCAACAAACGGGCAAACUUCUGAAGGGGGGUGAGCCAGAUCUGAAAACAGCAGCGAAAAUGGUGCUUUACGAUUGGCAGCGGGGCAGAAUUCCGUUUUUUGUUCCUCCACCACACUUGGACGACGCAAACGCGCCCUCGGCCGAAGCUUCAACGCUGGCUCUGGUGAGCAAGCAGUCGCUGAGGAACAUGCCAGUCCAGAGGAACUUGUAUGAUGCGGAGGAUGAAAAACCAGCCGCCGGCAUGGGGGAUGAGGGAGAUGAAGCUGAAGCAGCAGGACAAAGCGAUGGUGGGAACACGGACGAAGAGGAUGACGAUAGAGAAUCAAAGAAAGCGGGGAGCAAGAAGAGGAAGCGGGGGAAGGAGAAUAAGGAAACGCACAGGAAAGUGGAAGUACAAGAGGCCAGGGCAGGAAGUGAGAAACCAAGGAGCAAGAAAAGUAACGGGAAGAGGAUUCAUGAGAAACCAGAGAGCAAGAGAAGGAAAGGAGGCGAUGCGACGCAAAAGCAGGAGACUGGCAGCAAAGUCGUGGAAGAGGAGUUUACGUGGGAAGAUGCUCUUAGAAUGGCGCAACAAGGAGUGGAGCAAUGGGAUCACGCCCGAGUCGUUUAGAACAAACACUUUUCUUUGCUCACUUUAGUUUUAAUUAACAAUUAUAGUGUGACCUAAUGCUAUAAUUGAAUGCUAAAUAGAUUAAAGUAAAA